AUUAUUAGACGCCGACUCACGGCCGGCAAUUACUAAUCAAUCAAAUCAUUGUUGACACAAAAUUGUUUUCCUUCUCUCUUUCUCUCGAAAAUCUCAACUGUUUUCGCCUCUUUGCGAUCAGAUCUCAUCGGAGACGCACAAUCCACGACGAGCCAUGGCUUCAGGUUUCAGCGGCGAUGAAACUGCUCCUUUCUUCGGGUUCCUUGGCGCUGCCGCCGCUCUCGUUUUCUCCUGUAUGGGAGCAGCGUACGGGACAGCGAAGAGCGGGGUUGGUGUGGCGUCGAUGGGUGUGAUGAGACCAGAGCUUGUGAUGAAAUCGAUUGUUCCGGUGGUCAUGGCUGGUGUUUUAGGUAUUUAUGGUCUGAUCAUUGCUGUUAUCAUCAGUACUGGAAUCAACCCAAAGGCCAAGUCUUACUAUCUCUUCGAUGGCUAUGCUCAUCUCUCUUCUGGUCUGGCUUGUGGUCUCGCCGGUCUCUCCGCCGGUAUGGCUAUUGGAAUCGUCGGCGAUGCCGGUGUUAGAGCGAAUGCGCAACAACCAAAGCUGUUUGUGGGAAUGAUUCUGAUUCUCAUCUUCGCUGAAGCUCUUGCGCUUUACGGACUUAUUGUUGGUAUCAUCCUCUCUUCUCGAGCUGGCCAGUCUAGAGCCGAGUGAAAUCAUUCAAGUCUUUUCUCAUAUGGGCGCACGUCCUUGUAAUGUUUUUGAUAUAUUUUCAGUUUUUUCUUUUGUGGUAUUGUGAGUUUUCGAUUUUCUCAUGAAAACAAUGAACAUGGGUGAAAAUCAUUCGACUCUGGUUCUAAACCAUAUAUAUUUUUUUUCUGUUUAUUUGCACACUUAUGGAACACAUCAGUAAAGCAAUAAAAUGUAUGAUGAUCCAAUGA